ACUGCUAAUCAUCGCAGUGCUUCCUGUGUGCUGGGGAGCUUGCAUCAGACAUGACUCUCAGGGCCUGUGGAUUGAUCAUUUUCAGGAGACUGAACGUGGGAGAAGCUUCCAAAUCUGAAGCAAUCGAGUUCCUACUUCUGCAGGCUUCUUACGGGCAGCAUCACUGGACGCCUCCUAAAGGGCAUGUCGAUCUGGGUGAGGAUGACCUUCAAACGGCACUUCGUGAAACUGAAGAAGAAGCAGGACUAAAGAGCAAAGAUUUCAAUGUGCUUGAAGGGUACAGAAAAGAAUUGAAAUAUAAUGUGAAGAAUGUACCCAAAACUGUUAUCUAUUGGUUAGCAGAACUAAAGGACAAUAAUCUGGAAAUAAAACUUUCAAAUGAACACCAGAAGUUCCUCUGGUUAAAUGUAGCUGAGGCUUGUAAACUUGCUUAUCAUCAAGGACUGCAGGAAGCUCUGAGAGAAGCUCACCAGUUCAUCUGUACCAAGACCAUUGAAAAUAAAUAAAAGGGCUUCAGAUAUUU